AUGCCUCGCGCAUCGGGAUCGAGCAAGCGACAGUCUGGCGCCGGUCAUCGCGACACCAAGGAGAAUGGGCUCGUAGCCCCGGCGAAACGAGUCACUGGCAGGAAGGGCCUCAACCACGCCGAGGGCCCUGCGAGGCCGGCCGACCAUGGCGCCGGCCACGCAGGGCCGCAGUUUGUGCUGCCCAACGGCGUGUCCAAGGCCGCCAUCGACUUCCACGACCGCCCGGCCGAUGGGCGUAGGGCCUCUGUCGGCAACUACUCGGAGACGUCGACGUCGGAAUCGUGCACCUCCCACCUGGGCUCUGGUCCCAAUGCCGCCGCCGCCGACGCCGGCCACCGCCAGAUCGAUGUCAACGCCCUCAAGAACGCCGAUGUCCACCGCGACUCGGGGCCCAUCGACAUGGUCGCCACCGUCCUCAAGACGCUGCCCAUGCAGGACACGCUCGCCAUCCUCAUCAUCCUCAUGCAGCUGCCGACCCUUUCACUCUCCAUCAUCUACGGCAUCUUUACCUGUCUGACCUUUGUGCCCCCCGUCACCACCAGCUCGGGCAUCAACCUCAACUUUGCCGAAAUCUUCGACGGCCACUCCACCAUGCCGUCCCUCGUCACCGUGCUCUGCAUGGACUUCUUCUUCCUCCUCAUCUGGCUGUUCCUGUGGCAGCCGAUUCAGGAUGCCAUCCUCGACCUCGCCAAGCCCAUCAUUGCCAUCACCCUCGGCGGCGGCACCACGUACCGGAACGGCGGCUCCCGCGGCCUCACCACCUGCUUCGUCUGGAUCGUCGCCAACCACCUCAUCCGCAGCACGCGAACCCACUGGUCCCGUCUCGCGAGACACAUUCCCGAGGACUGGCAGGUGCCAUCCGCCAUCAGCAGCACCUUUGAGUCGACGUCCGUCUCGCACGAUAAGAGAAGUGCGUUUGCGUGGGUGCGAAGCGGGCUGGCCAUUCACAUCCUCACCCAGGGGCUCGUUCGGUACAUCCGUGAGUGGUACCUGAGACGGGAGAAGGCCAACGCAGCGGCCGGCCAGCACGACCCCGAGGCAGGCAAACCCGUGGCCACCAUCUCCAUCAACGGCGAGAUUGCCCACGACACCGGCUUCAACACUCCGGACCCGGAGGCUGGAUCCCCUCCGCUGCCCCCGCCCCCCGCCUCCACGAACAAGAAGAGAAGAAAGCAAAGCACCCAGGUCAGGCUGCAGCAGCCGCUUUGGGCCGCGCUCGCCAGCACCAAGAUUGUCGUCAUGAAGGAAUACGAGUCGUCCCACGUGCCGUCGAAAUCGCUCGGCGUCAAUACGACGGACAUUCACAACCUCGGAAACGCGCCGUUCAACACCCAGCCCAGGCAGAUAUGGAUAUCGUAUAUCGGUAGCGACGAAGUAUGCUUUAACACCAGUCACUUUCCCGAUUUCGACGACGAGCAAUCAUCCAACGCCAACGGUUCCGCCUCGACACGGCCGGCCGGCGUCGACACGUCCAAGCCCUUCUACGUCAAACUGAAUAACGCAUUCUGGCAGCCCACGCGCAUCUUUCCUGUUGUCGAAGCGGACGAUGGUGGUCGAGGUGGCACCCGUUGGACGGGAGACAUUUACGGCCUUCGCCCGCUGUCCAAGUACGUCUGUGAGUUUGUGGACACGCAAACUGACAAGGUCAUCUUCACCACGAGCAUCCGGACCAUCAAAGAACCCACGCCCGAGAACAACAAUGCCCCCGUCACCGUGUCUGGCUCGCAGCAGUCGCUGCAGCCCGACUCCCCCGCCACCACCCUACGCAUCUCGAUCGCCGCCGCCGAAGUCAAGCUCAACGACGAAAAAAACCGCCUCAAGACGUGGCGCAAGGAGUGGAAGUCAAGGAUCAACGCCAUCAAGAAGGAAAACGAGCUCACGGACAAUCAGCUAGCCUCGGCCGGCCACAGCGACGACAAGUAUCGGCAAAAGAUUCGCCAGCAGGAAACACAAAAGGCCCAGGCCGAGCGCGAGACGGCAGCCCUCGCGGAGCAGCUCAAGAAGUUUGACGCGUCGCCGGAGCUUCUCGAGAACAAGAAGAAGACGGAGCGGUCGUACUCGACUGAGAAGAAGCUCUAUGACGCGGCUCAGAAGAGUUUCCGCGAGUACAAGGCGAAGCUGGAGAGCGAGGUCAAGUCCAAGGACAACGAGAAGAGCAACCUCAAUACCAAGCGGAACAAGAUUGCCACUCGCAUUGCCAAGCGGCGGAAGCGUGAGCGUGCCGGCUGGCAGGAGCAGGUUGUCAACCAGGACAAGACGUACAAUGACCAGCUGGCGCAGGCGUAUGCGUCCAACAACAUGAAGGCCGAGCAUCUCCGCAGUCUCCAAGCGGACGUGCAGGCCCUUCGCAGCUACAUGAGCCAGGCCGCUGGCCUGUCCGACAUGGGCAUGCUCGAUUCCGCUCCCGUCCACGUUCCCUUUCACUCUCCGCAGCCCCAGCAGCAGCAGCAAAUGCAACCGCAGACUCCUUGGAACCCCAACCCGGCCGCCCCCGCGCACUUUCCGUCGAGCGUAAACUACUGGGGAGCCGCCGACAACAACCACUCGUCGACGCCUCUGUCCCACGCGCCCCCUGGGCUUGCCGCGUGGCAAUCGCCGCCGAUGACCUCGUUUGAGCUGCGCGGCGCCAAAUCGCGCGGCCGCAGUUCUAGCAUGCUCAGCGACGUCAGCGGUUUCACCCAGCCGAGCGACGAGGAGCCGCGGUCUCCCGUCGGCAUGAACAUGUCGCGAAGGCCCCUGUACACGAAGCGGUUCGGCAUGCACGAUAGUCGACGGAGCACUGGCAGUGGCAGCGGCGGAAGUGGCAGUAUGGGAGAUCCAGCCAGUCCUGCUUGA